GGUGGGGGCGCAGGCGGGGUAAUUAUCAAGGAAGUUCCGAUUAUUGAUUCACAAUUUAUUACUUAUUAGACACUCCUCACAAUUCAUCUCGUUAUUAUUUUACGGUAUAAUAAACUCGUGAAUUGGUCACUUUUCAAUUAAUAAAUCUUAUCUACAAACUCUGAAAUAAUGGCUAACAUAGAAGAUGAAUGGCAAGAAGAUCCGGAACCUGUGCAGAUUGGACAUAGCAGCAUAUCGCGAAGUACGUGUCAAGAAAGUAGUGAGGUAGACUCGUCAGAUAAAUCCCAAAAUUCACAGUUUCCUCAAAGCAGUAAUGAAGAGGCAAGUAGCAAUCAAGUUGCAGCAGCCAACCAAGCAUCAUUUUCUUUUCUUGAAAUAAAUGGACAAAGUACUGUGUCCAUUGAUUGGGAGAAAGUUAAUGCUGCUUGUGACCAGGCAGACAAGGAAAGAUGGGCAAAAUUACCACCAAUUGUGAAAAAUUUUUAUAUAGAAGACCCAGAGGUGAGCAGUAUGUCGCCCAACCAGGUAGAACAAUGGCGAAGGGCAAAUUUCGAUAUUCACGUUCAAAUAAGAAAAACCUGUGAUAAUAAGCAGCUUGAUUUGAAACCAAUACCUAACCCAGUGUUAACAUUUGAACAAGCAUUUAAAAACUAUCCAGAAAUCUUAGAUGCAAUAUAUCAGCAAGGCUUAAGUAAACCUUCGCCAAUUCAAAGUCAAGCCUGGCCAAUCCUUUUAGGAGGAGGAGAUUUGAUAGGGAUUUCACAAACUGGAACGGGCAAAACACUCGCUUUCUUAUUGCCUGCUUUGAUUCACAUUGAAGGUCAAAUCACACCAAAACAAGAGAGGCAAGGCCCCCCUGUACUCAUUUUAGUGCCUACAAGAGAACUUGCCAUUCAAAUAAACAAGGAGGUAUCUAAGUACAAAUCCAAAAAUAUAAAAUCAGUAUGCCUAUAUAGAGGAACACAUGAUGAAGAAGAUAUGCAAGAUGUUUUAAGGGAUGUUGAUAUAGUUAUAGCUACACCUGGUCGUCUCAGAAGAUUAAUUGUUGCAGGGCAUUUACAUGCUAUAAACUUUUCUUACAUUGUUUUAGAUGAAGCAGAUAAGCUUUUAAAUAUUGAUUUUGGACGAGAUGUACGUGUAUCAUUGUUUGAUCAACGACCGGGUCACCAAACAGUAAUGACUUCAGCUGCAUGGUCGCCUUAUUUAUGGAGUCAAGUAAAAUUAUAUGCGAAUGAUCCAAUACAAAUCAAUGUAGGGCCUUUAGAACUAGCGGCUGUACACACAGUAACUCAACAGAUAAUGUUUGUUGAAGAUGAUGAUAAAAUGAAAAUUCUACUUAAGUUCAUUACAUAUAUGGAGCCGACUGACAAAGUUAUUGUGUUUUGUACCACUAGAGCCUCGGCAGCACAUGUCGCUACAGAAUUUGCUGUAAUUGAAAUAUAUUGCCAAUUAUUGUAUGGUGAUAGAGACCAAGAUGAACGAGAAGCUGCUUUGGAGGAGAUGUUAGAUGGUACUGCUACUAUCUUAAUUGCUACAGAUGUUGCUUCAAGAGGGAUUCAUAUACAAGACUUGACACAUGUGAUAAACUUUGAUUUUCCUGAAACUAUAGAAGAUUAUGUAUACAGAAUUGGUAGAACAGGCAGAGCGGGUAAAACUGGGACAGCUAUUACUUAUUUUACAAAAUAUGAUUGGGAACAUGCUAAAGAUUUAAUAAAAAUUCUGAACGAAGCUAACCAAGAAGUUCCCCAAGAAUUGGAAAUUAUGGCCCAACAAUAUGAAGAAUAUGUAAAUUCCCGAAGAGAUAAUUACUUCAACAGAGAAUUAGAGCUUUUAGCAUUUCUUAAUUGAAUUCUUGU